AUGGCGAACCUUCCAUUUCCGCAUUCGAGCGCGCCGCUCAAAACUGUCGAGGAGAUUCAGUUUGGUAUGUUGUCUCCAGAGGAGAUCAAAAACAUGAGCGUCGCGCAUAUUCUCUACCCCGAAACCAUGGAAGAAAACAAGACAACACCGCGCGACGGCGGUCUCAACGAUCCCCUGCUCGGUUCCAUCGAUCGCCAGUUCAAGUGCAAGACUUGCGCUCAGCCGAUGAGCGAAUGUCCCGGCCAUUUUGGUCACAUAGAAUUAGCGAAACCCGUCUAUCACCCUGGCUUCAUCAAGAAAGUAAAGAAGGUCUUGGAGAUUGUCUGCCACAAUUGCAGCAAAGUGUUGGCCGAUGAAAGCGACCCCGAAUUCGUUGCAGCUGUUCGUACCCGCGAUUCGAAAGUUCGAUUCAAGCGCAUCUGGGCCGUGUGCAAAAAGAAGCGCAAGUGCGAGAAUGAGGAGAGGCAGGACAAGAACAAAGAUGAAGAGUUUGCUCCAGGGGUCAAAAACACCGUUCUCGAAGGACACGGCGGAUGUGGGAACAUGCAACCGCAGGUGAGACAGGCCGCGCUGCAACUCAAGGCUGCUUUUGAGGUGAAUUCGGAAGAAGGCCCCAAGAGAAAGGAAACCGUCAACAUCAGCGCCGAAAUGGCGCACGGUAUUCUUCGCCGAAUCUCUGAGCGCGAUCUGCACAAUAUGGGCCUCAACUCGGACUAUGCCCGUCCUGAGUGGAUGAUCAUCACGGUUCUGCCUGUUCCCCCUCCUCCUGUGCGUCCUAGUAUUUCCAUGGAUGGUACUGGAACCGGCACGAGAAACGAAGAUGAUUUGACGUACAAGCUUGGCGACAUUAUUCGCGCCAACGGUAAUGUCAAACAGGCCAUUCGAGAAGGAUCGCCGCAACAUAUCGCGCGUGAUUUCGAGGAAUUGCUACAAUAUCAUGUUGCCACGUAUAUGGAUAACGAUAUUGCUGGCCAGCCACGGGCCCUCCAAAAGAGUGGCCGCCCUGUCAAGGCCAUUCGAGCCCGUCUGAAGGGCAAGGAGGGUCGUCUGCGAGGCAACUUGAUGGGUAAGCGUGUUGAUUUUUCCGCGCGUACCGUCAUCACUGGUGACGCCAACCUGUCUCUGCACGAAGUUGGUGUUCCGCGAAGCAUUGCCCGCACUCUCACAUACCCCGAGACAGUCACUCCCUACAACAUUGCCAAGCUCCAUCAACUCGUCGAAAAUGGACCCAACGAACACCCCGGUGCCAAAUACGUCAUUCGCUCCGACGGCACCCGAAUCGAUCUAAGACACCACAGACGCGCUGCCCAGAUUUCUUUAGAGUACGGAUGGAAAGUUGAGCGCCACCUAAUCGACGGCGACUAUAUCAUCUUCAACCGUCAGCCCUCUCUCCACAAGGAAUCCAUGAUGGGUCAUCGUGUCAAGGUCAUGCCAUACUCCACGUUUCGACUCAACUUGUCCGUCACUUCCCCCUACAAUGCUGAUUUCGACGGUGAUGAGAUGAACUUGCACGUUCCUCAGACCGAGGAAACGCGAGCUGAAAUCAAGGAGCUCUGUCUCGUCCCCAAUAACAUCGUCUCACCUCAAAAGAACGGCCCCUUGAUGGGUAUUGUCCAGGACUCUCUGGCUGGUUGCUACAAACUCUGCCGUCGUGACACGUUCAUUGACAAGGAAUUGGUCCAAAACAUCAUGCUCUGGGUUCCCAAUUGGGAUGGUGUGAUCCCGCAGCCGGCUAUCCUGAAGCCAAGACCUCGUUGGACUGGUAAACAAAUCAUCAGCAUGGUCAUUCCUGCCGAGAUCAGUCUGUACAGCAAGGAAGAUAAAUUGGACAAUCCCAAGCAUGAUGCUGGCAUGCUUAUCCAGAGUGGUCAGCUCAUAUAUGGCCUUCUCAAGAAGAAAUAUGUCGGUGCUGCCGCAGGUGGCAUCAUCCACCUAUGCUACAAUGAGCUCGGACCUGAUGGCGCCAUGGCGUUCUUGAACGGCGUCCAACAGGUCGUCACCUACUGGUUGCUCAACACGGGCCACAGUAUCGGUAUUGGUGACACUAUUCCCGAUAAGGAGACCAUUGACAAGAUCCAAGCUCAUAUCGAUGAACACAAGGCUGAAGUCGCUCGCUUGACCGCACAGGCCACAGCCAACGAGCUGGAGGCUCUGCCCGGCAUGAAUGUUCGUGCUACUUUCGAGAGCAAGGUCUCCCUGGCUCUCAACAUGGCGCGUGAUCAGGCUGGUACUUCAACGCAGAAGAGCUUGAAGGAUUCCAACAACGCCGUCACCAUGUCUGAAUCCGGCUCAAAGGGUUCUUCCAUCAAUAUUUCACAGAUGACGGCUCUUGUGGGUCAGCAGAUUGUCGAAGGAAAGCGCAUUCCUUUCGGCUUCAAGUACAGAACACUGCCUCACUUCACUAAGGACGAUUAUUCACCCGAAGCUCGAGGUUUCGUGGAGAACUCGUAUCUUCGUGGCCUGACCCCGACCGAAUUCUUCUUCCACGCCAUGGCUGGUAGAGAAGGUCUCAUUGAUACUGCGGUCAAGACUGCAGAGACCGGCUACAUCCAGCGUCGUCUCGUUAAGGCGCUUGAGGACCUUAGCGCGCGCUACGAUGGAACCGUCCGCAACUCACUUGGCGACGUUAUUCAAUUCUUGUACGGUGAAGAUGGUCUCGAUGCUAUGUGCAUUGAAAGACAGAGACUUGGCACCAUCAAGAUGUCUGAUGCCGCCUUUGAGAGGCAGUAUCGCCUAGAUCUUGCUAACCCCCCUGAGUGGUUCCGCAAAGAUUAUGAGUACGGCAACGAGCUGGCUGGCGACAAGGCGUCCAUGGAAUUGCUGGACAUGGAGUGGGAUACCUUGCUUGCUGACAGACGCGCCGUCCGCGACAUUAACAAGCACAAGAUGGGCGAAGAGAUGAUGCAACUUCCUCUCAAUAUCGGCCGUAUCAUUGAGAGCGCCAAGCGCGUCUUCAACAUUCGCGAAACUGAUCGCAGUAACCUUCGCCCAUCGGAUGUCAUCACCACUGUACAAACUUUGCUGUCUGGCAUGAAGAUUGUGCGCGGCAGCGAUCCCAUUUCGCUGGAGGCUGAUUUCAAUGCCACCAUUCUGUUCAAGGCGCUUCUUCGCUCACGUCUUGCUUUCAAAGAGAUUGUGUACGUGCAUCGCUUGAAUAAACUUGCUUUUGAUCACGUCCUUGGUGAGCUGCAAAAUCGAUGGGAUCGAGCUUUCGUCAGCCCUGGAGAAAUGGUGGGCGUUCUUGCAGCCCAGUCUAUUGGUGAGCCGGCCACCCAGAUGACACUUAACACCUUCCAUUUUGCUGGUGUUUCCUCCAAGAACGUCACUUUGGGUGUACCGCGCCUCAAAGAAAUUCUCAACUUGGCCAAGAAUAUCAAGACGCCAAGCAUGGCUGUCUACUUGGACACCAAGCUGGGUACCCAGGAGCAGGCCAAGAAGCUCCGCAGCUUGGUCGAAUACACCAACCUGCGUUCUGUCACAUCGGUUACCGAAAUCUACUACGACCCCGACGUGCAGGCCACCAACAUCACCGAAGAUGUAGACAUGGUUGAGUCGUACUUUAUGAUUCCGGACGAUGGCCAAGACACCAUCCAUCGCCAGUCGCGCUGGCUUCUUCGCAUCACUCUUGAUCGCCAAAAGCUCUUGGACAAGGAAAUCACCAUUGAUGAUGUUGCUGCGUGCAUCAAAGAAGAGUACGCCACCGACCUGGCCAUCAUCUUCUCUGACAACAACGCCGACGAACAAGUCAUCCGUAUUCGUACCAUUCGUCGGGACGAUGGCAAGGACGAGGAUCCCGACACGAAGAUUGAGGACGAUGUCAUGCUCAAGCGCCUGGAAGCUCACUUACUUGACACCAUGACUCUGCGCGGUGUUCCUGGUGUUGAGAGGGCCUUCCUGUCCAAGGGCACUCGUCUUAUCGAAGAUGAGGACGGCUCUGAAUUGGCACUAAUUGACAACCCGAAGUGCACUCAGUGGUUUUUGGAUACUAGUGGAUCCGCCCUCCGAGAAGUGCUUGCUGUCCCUGGUGUCGAUCCCAGAAGAACCUACAGUAACGACCUGUACCAGAUUACUGAGGUCUUUGGUGUCGAAGCUGUACGAUCUGCGCUGAUCAAGGAGUUGUCCAAUGUUUUGUCGUUCGACGGUUCAUACGUCAACCAUCGUCACAUCGCUUUGCUUUGUGACAUCAUGACCUACCGUGGUGUCAUCUCGGCUGUCACUCGCCACGGUAUCAAUCGCGCUGACACGGGUGCGCUGAUGCGUUGCUCCUUUGAAGAGACUGUCGAAAUUCUGCUCGAGGCUGCUGCUUCUGGCGAGCUCGACGACUGCCGCGGUAUCUCCGAGAACGUCAUGCUUGGCCAGCUUGCGCCUAUGGGCACUGGUAACUUUGACGUGUACUUGGACCCCAAGAUGCUGGAGACGGUCAUUUCCGACAACUCUCGCAUGGGCCUCAUGCCUGGCAUGCCCGCCAAGGAGGGCGAAGGCGAAGGUGCAGCGACUCCAUAUGACAGCGGCUCGCCGAUGGGUGAGUCGGGCUACCUCAGUAUGGCUUCGCCUGCUGCUGGCAACUUCUCUCCUAUCCAGGGUGCUGGUUCGGAAACACCCACUGGAUUCAACACCGAGUACGGUGGUGGUUUCGGUACCAAUGGUGCGAUGAGCCCGUACUCGCGCGGCGCUUCCAGCCCGUUCAGCACAUCGCCGACGUCGCCAUUCAGCGCAGGCAUGGGAGGCUAUUCGCCGUCAUCUCCCAACACGGGCUACUCGCCUACGUCGCCGAUGCUGGACGGUGGUGCUCGCUACGCCACCUCGCCUUCCUUUAGCCCAUCAUCGCCGUCUUUCUCGCCGACCUCGCCGAUGCUGCGGCCUACGAGCCCGGCGAGUCCAAACUACAGCCCAACGUCGCCCAGUUACUCGCCGACGUCCCCCACAUCACCGCGACACUACUCGCCGACGUCACCGGCUCAGUUCAACUCGCCAACGUCUCCCAGCUACUCCCCGGCCAGUCCCAACUACAGCCCUGCGUCCCCCAACCUGCACGGCGCCACGUCGCCUUCGUACUCGCCCGCGUCGCCAUCGUGGUCACCGACCUCCCCCGACGCCUACUCGCCCACGAGCCCGAGCUUCGGUCGCAGCCCUGGCCAGCAGCAGUCGCCCACGAGCCCGGGUUACUCUCCCACAUCGCCUCAGUUCUCUCCUCGCACGCCUGGUCCUCCGGGCUCUGGUGGAGACGCUGGAACUGGCAACCAGUACUCGCCUAGCUCACCGAAUAACGAGUGA